UUCUGUUUGUCGCAUGUUUGUCGCAAGUUCAUCGACAAAAUCUCAACAGUCCCAAUGGCUGAUCGAGAGCCUGGAAUAAUCGCACAAGCGGUCCGACUAGCCUUCGAUGUUGCCAAUGGCCGUAACCGAACGCUGUCGCGGCUCGUACCCCCGUGUCUCUUUCUCUUAGAUGUGCUGCUGUGCGUCGUUGUGAUAUGGAAAGUCCCAUACACCGAAAUCGAUUGGAAAGCGUAUAUGGAACAGAUCGAGCAAUUCGUCGCAGGCGAACGCGACUACACUGUCAUCAAGGGCGGGACAGGGCCCCUCGUUUACCCGGCAGCUCACGUCUACUUAUAUACCAGCCUCUACUACAUAACCGAUGAAGGACGCGAUAUCUUUCUAGCGCAGCAGCUUUUUGCCGUCUUGUAUAUGGCGACACUGGCUGUGGUGAUGGCUUGCUACUGGAGAGCAAAGGUGCCGCCCUACGUCUUCCCAUUACUGAUUCUAUCGAAGCGCCUUCACAGCAUAUUCAUUUUGCGCUGCUUCAACGACUGCUUUGCUGUCUUCUUCCUCUGGCUCACCAUUUAUUUGCUUCAAAGGCGAGCUUGGACACUUGGCACUAUUAUAUACACUUGGGGCUUAGGCGUUAAGAUGUCAUUGCUUCUGGUCUUGCCAGCGGUUGGCGUGAUUCUACUCCUAGGUAGGGGUUUUACUGGUAGUCUUCAGCUGGCUGCCAUCAUUGCCCAGGUCCAAUUUGUGAUAGCCAUCCCCUUCCUCCGCGAGAACGCACAAGGGUACCUGUCUCGGGCGUUUGAGCUAUCUCGUCAAUUCUUCUUCAAAUGGACCGUGAAUUGGCGCUUCAUCGGUGAAGAUACCUUUCUGAGCCGGCCGUUUGCGCUGGGGCUUCUGGCAAUGCAUGCCUCAGUCCUUGUGUGGUUUAUCGUGAACAAAUGGUUAACGCCAGCAAGAAAACCUUGGUCAUCGAUUGCGUCAUCAAUUCUGAGAUUCAGCUCUCCAUUCAGCUCACAGGAGGAACGCCUGGUAUCACUGCAAAUAGCGCCAGAGUAUGUGAUGACCACGAUACUCUCUGCCAAUGUCAUCGGACUGCUCUUCGCUCGCUCCUUGCAUUACCAAUUCUACUCGUAUCUCGCCUGGUCCACCCCCUAUCUUCUGUGGCGCAGCGGCGCUCACCCACUUGUCCAAUACGCCAUUUGGACGCUCCAAGAAUGGGCAUGGAACGUAUUUCCUAGUACGAAUGUCAGUUCGGGAGUUGUAGUAGCCUCUUUAGCUGCUACGGUAGCUCUGGUGGCAGCUAGGAGAGAGCAGACACCCACAUCAUCUAGUUACCCCUCUCGUGAAAGAAAGGUAGCGUAAGUCAUCUAUGAUAGCUUGACUUUCAGUCUUCUCCUUCAGAGUCUGAGGGCGGCAUUUUGCCGACAUUAGACUCUUCGUCUUCGUCGUCA